CCGGACGUAGGAUCUUCCCGUGCCCUGGCUCUCGCAAAACAGCACAUCGACGAGUGCAUCCACCGACACCAGUGUUGCACAAGUUCGACGUCUCCUAGUAGCCCUCGCCUCCCUACGCGCCUCGUGGAUUGCACAGACCUUGCUCGACCACGGCUGGUUUCCACACUGGCCGGAGAACACGGUGAAUAUCUUGCACUGAGCUAUGUGUGGGGCAAGGACCAAGUUCACAAGACCACGAAAUCGAACAUAUCCCUAUACGAAGAAGGAAUCACCCUCUCCCGUCUCCCCCAGACCAUCCACGAUGCAAUCUACGUCACGAACAAGCUGGGCUUCCGGUGGCUCUGGAUCGACAGCCUGUGCAUUAUACAAGACUCGGACGAAGACAAGCUGCACGAAAUUAGUCGCAUGCAUCACGUCUACCUCUAUGCGCACCUGACGAUAAUGGCCGGCAGCGCAAAGGACGUCAGCGAGGGCUUCCUCUGGCAGGACCGCCGAUCUCCCCCGGAUCUUUAUCCUGACGGAGUGCUGGGGUGCAUGGCAACACGCGCCUGGUGCAUGCAAGAGUACCUGUUGUCCCCACGCUCCCUCAUCUUCGCCCCCGGUGGACUACUCCUGUUCAGGUGCCGUACGAUGAUGGAAAAUUCUCUCUUCCUCCCCAUCCCGCCUGCAGCAGAGCCUGGUUCCACACAGUGGGGAGACAUGCACGACAAUUGGAGAGAUGUUGUCGAGGACUACACCCGCCGCGCAGCUAGCGUCGAGUCUGACAAGCUGGUCGCGUGCGCUGCGGUUGCGGAGCAGUUCCAUCGUGCCCUGGGCUCUGACGCCUACCUUGCUGGGCUGUGGCGCUCAGACUUGCUCAGACACCUGCUAUGGUCAUCCGACUAUUAUCCGGAUACAGCGGAUCUUUCGACACACUCCCCACAUACUCGCCCAGCAGCCUACCGUGCACCCUCCUGGUCAUGGGCGGCGAUCGAUGGAGUAGUCGAAUAUGACGAGGAUGAUCUCGUAUCCUACUGCACAGCGGCGGGCCAGCGGAUGAAACCCCUAGCUUUCGUGUUCGUGGAGGUCGUUGACUGCUGGGUUACACUCAAAGACCCAGCGCUACCCUUCGGUGAAGUGACGGACGGGGCCCUCGUCCUGCGUGGAACGUUGAUACUCUGCCCUGGCAGUGGUAGACUGGCUACAAAUUUCCAUAAUUUUUGGGAGGUCCCCGUACCGGCGUCUUUCGAGCAGGCACGCCGCCACCACCAGAGGCUUGGUGACUUGAACUUGGAUGAAGAAGACGAAGUCUACUUGACGAAACGAAGCCACUGUGUAACUGUCGUUCUCGACAACGAAGUCACGGAUGAACUGCCAGAGGACUUGUGGCUUCUCCCGUUCGGGUACUCCGGAGUCAGAGGCGGCGGUGACUCUCCUCGGGUGCAUGGGAUCGUCCUCGAGCUCGUUCCACCAUCGGCGAUCGAUUCAGGAUCUGAACACCCGGAGAAGAGUCUCUUUCGAAGGAUUGGGUACUUUCCGGCUCCAGGGUACGCGUUGCCAGAGUGGGACCCGUUAGUUUGGGCUGCGAUAGACGGAGAACUCCCUCGAAUGGACAUUGAGAUCGUAUGA